CAAGCUCACCGUUUUUCUGCUGCUCUGCACGGCUGUCUUCAGCGUGGAAGUGCAAAACUACUUCGAAAACUGCGUGCGUAGUUCGGGAAACCAGUUUGUGCCGAACAAAUGCAUAAUGGUAUCUAAGAAAGACCUCCGGACCAAGAAAGCGGAGUACAGAAUGUACGCUGUGGGUGCUCUGCGAAAGCACCAUGAGUUGGACAAGAAAUAUUCGGACACAGUCUACAAUGUGACACGUGCUGCAUUGAAGUACCCACGGCAUGCUGAUGAAGGGUGCACCCUUCGGUUGGAGUUCUUGACCGCGCCUGGUGACUGCAAGAACUGGAAUUACUACUUCCCUAAUAUGUGUCCACCAGCGAACGACAAGAUAACCGGUGUAUGCCAAGCACAACUCUUCUUGUACGGCACCGUCUAUCUAGUCGAGCGUUCAUGGUGCGAGCAUGUCAAAGAAGCUAGCCAUCAUGUGAAGUCCGACUCCUCAUCUGGGACACCCUGAAGCGCGUAUGCACCAGGCGAGAGAGCCGCAGACAUGAGAAAUAAAGUUUGAAACAUGU